GUUUUGCGCUCUAGAUAUUUACCCACGCAUCACUCUAAUCAUGUUUCCUUCGAUUGAUGGUCGCCUUGCCAUUCUUGCCGUCUUACCUGCUUCCUUUGUUGUGAUUGCAUCCAUCAAGCAGUUCAUUAGGAACAGACAAAACAAACCUUGCUUUCCUCCUGGCCCAGUGCCGCUUCCACUGUUAGGAAACGUCUUAUCUAUCAACACCAAGGAGCCUUGGUUGACUUACACCAAAUGGGCUGUUACUUAUGGAGACUUGCUUUUCGUGCGACUUCUAGGCCAGGAAGUCGUGGUGAUCAAUUCUCAGCACGUUGCAGAAGCCUUGAUAGCCAAGCGUUCUCCCAUCUACUCCGAUCGACCAUACAUAGCUACAGUCGAGCCAUUUGGUUGGUCGAUCAACUUCGGAUUCACAAAUUAUGGUGACGAAUGGCGUCUUUGCCGACGACUUGUCCACCAAACUUUCCGUUCCGACUCUGCACUGAAGUUUCGUCCGAUGCAGAUUAAGCAGGCUCGUGAGAUGAUCGUCAACUUCAUUGAUGAUCCUUCACAUUAUCAUUCUCACUUCGCAACAUUCUCGUCAUCAGUAGCGAUGUCAGUGACAUACGGCUACCAAACUGGUCCUCGUGAUGAUCCUUUGGUCCGCAUCGUAGAAAAUGCAUUGGUAAUUGGCUUUCAGGUGAUAACCCCAGAGAGAGCAAUCUUGCUCAAAACCUUCCCCUCCUUAUUGACGUUACCUGACUGGUGCUGGGGAUCCUCGAUCAAACGCGAGGCUCAAGCUUCGACCAGUCUCAUGACUGAAAUGACGGAAGUGCCAUUUCGAUAUACGAAACAGCAUAUGGCUGAGAACUCGGCCCUUGGUCAGUUUUCCAUGGUCGCAGAAAAUCUUCAAAGAAUGGACAAGCAAGAUCAGACAUCCAGACCGUUGUUUGAGGGUGCAUUAAAGAAAGCAGCUACUACUGCUAUUAUAGGUUCAUACGAGACGACUACUUCAGUCUUGAUGGCUUUUGCUCUCGCCAUGGUGUCUUACCCAGAUGUUCAAAAACGUGCACAAGCGGAGAUCGACUUAGUGGUUGGGCGGGAUCGUUUACCUACCUUUGAAGACAGAGCGUCACUACCAUAUGUUGAAUCAGUUCUGCGGGAGACUUUGCGAUGGCAGCCUAUCAUACCCCUUGUGCCACGUGCCACCUCGAGUGAUGAUAUAUACGAUGGUUACUUCAUUCCAAAAGGAGCGACUAUCAUAUGCAACAUAUGGAACAUUUCACGAGAUGAAAAGCGGUAUCCCAACGCAUCUACUUUUAUACCAGAGAGGUUCAUGGACGCCAAUGGUGGGCUGACGGACGAUGACCCAGCUGAAUAUGUAUUUGGCUUUGGCCGACGUAUAUGUGCAGGCCGGUAUGCUGCUGAUGCCUCUAUGUGGUCUGCUAUCGUCACUAUGUUGGCCACGGUGGAAUUUUCUUUUGCCAAGGAUGACCAAGGCAAUGCAAUGCAAUUCACUCCUCAAUUCACGACAGGAUUCACUCAUUCCGUCACGGUCUUUCCCUGCAGUAUUUCGCCACGUCCUCAUGUUCAUUCAGAACUUCUGGAUACUUUACGAAUGGGAGAAUAAUAUGUAUACAGUGACAAACUUGCCAUCGUUCUUUUCUAUGUUCUGAUUUGGGCCACUGCGAAUCAGUCGGUCUCCUAUAUGGUCUUUUGAUCUCUUUUCGUGCCGCAGUGCCUUCAGUGUACUUAUAUCUGGAUCCUUUUUACAAUUCAAGCUGUGCCGACACGUUUAGGUAGUUUCGAUUCGAUUCGAUUUUCUCUGUCUAUUGUCAGUUGCAUAAUUUACGAGUGAAAAUACAGGAAAAUGGUGCUGGACCAGGUCCAACACGAGCUCAGCAUCU